AUGUCAGAGGCGUUCUUCUGCCAUCGAACAUCUCACCAGCUAUUGUGGCAACUGGUUCACGUGGUGAAUGUUGCUAUUUGCCUCUUAUGGAUAUUGUUUAUAGCAUUAAAUGACUCACCUUCAGAUAAAGCCAGAUUGGUUGCUGUCAGAAGUGAAUUGGGUUCUGCUCGGCUAAGGGCUAUUUCCAGUACGGCGUGUGGUUCAAUGCUUCCAUUAGAAAAGCAGUUAUACCUGCCCUUAAAAACAGCAGGUUUACUGUCUGAAAGUAAUCAAUGGCCAGACGGUUACACCCUAGCCCUUAGCCAAGCAGAACCCGAUUCACUUCUGACAGCUUCAAUUUGGCUUUAUCUGAAGCGAUGCAUUGUUUUAAUAGAUUAG